GUAUAUCAUUUCCUGGCUAUUUAAUUAGAAUUUCCCGAGCGGCCACGAAUAUUUGAGAGGACGUGUUGGAUCGGUUGUAACCGCACCAUAAAUAGCCAAAAUGGACGAAAAGGAAGUGAGCUUUCUGCCUAAAGCGAAGAUACGGGAAGCAGGAUGUUUUCGUGCGAUUUGUGAUCGCAUCCCGGCCCGGUUGGUGCUGUAUUUUCUCUCCUGGUCCGGUUUUCUGGUGUCAUUUGUCAUGCGCAACGACAUAAACUUCGCCCUGGUGGCAAUGGUGCAAGAUGCCAGCACGAACGCGACCGGAAAUGAUCACUGCAUAACCAACGCUCCCACCGGUCCAGUGCCAUCGAUUGAGGAAGGUGGCGAGUACAAUUUCACGCUCUCGAUGCCAAACGCAACCACGGUGUUGCUGGACGGACUCGCACCAACGUUGGACACCAAGUUCGACUGGGAUUCGACUGUGCAGGCUGUGAUCAAGUCCUCUUUCUACUGGUGUUACGUGCUAUCGCAGGUUGUAGGUGGUGUGGCCACGCAAUACUUUGGCACGAAGAACGUGUUUGGAUGGUCCCAGUUCCUGACGGCGGCCUGCAGCUUACUGAUCCCACGUGCUGCCGAUCUUCACUACGGUGCGGUCAUCCUGUUACGCUCGGUGCAGGGUUUUGCCAGUGGACUUACCUGGCCAGCGAUGUACGCGAUCGUUGGCUAUUGGAUCCCACCCGUCGAACGGAGUCGGUUCAUGAGCAGUUUUCAGGGUUUUAGCAUCGGCAUCGGAUUGACGUACCCGUUGUGUGGCUUCAUUAUCGCGCAUUUCGGUUGGCGAGAGGUGUUUUACACUACCGGCACGAUCGGGAUGGCAUGGUGCGUGUUUUGGUAUCUGCUCGCGUACAACACGCCCCAGGAACAUCCGCGCAUCACACCCGAGGAGCUCGAGUACAUUGAGCUGAACGUGAGCGAGGACAUCAAGAAUGGACAGGGCAUGCGAGUGCCUUGGCGACGUAUUUUCACCUCGAUGCCGGUGUGGGCCAUCGGGUUGACCACGUUCGGGCGCAUCUGGGUGCAUUACACGUUCAUCAUGUCCGGACCGGAGUACAUGCAAAAGAUCUUUUGCUUCGACAUUCAGCAGAACGGGCUGCUCUCGGGUGCGCCCUUCCUUUGCUCGUACCUUUCGUCCGUGCUGUUCUGCUACGUCGCCGAUUUGCUGAUGGAUCAUAAGACGCUGACGCUUACGAACGUGCGUAAACUGUUCACUGCCCUGUCCCAGAUUGUGCCGGGUGUGCUGGUGCUGCUGGUCGGCUAUCUCGGGUAUCAGAUUGUCACCGUGCUGGUGUUGUGGUUCGUUGCGGUCACUUUCAUCACCGCGUCGUAUGCGGGCGCUAUGGCGAAUAUCGUUGACAUCGCACCAAACCUGGCUGGACCGGUGUUGGCGUUUGCGCAGACUAUUCACAUGACUGCUUCCUUUCUGCAGCCUCUCGUUACCGGCUUUAUGGUGACGGAUGCGCAAAACAUAAACCAAUGGUUGCACGUGUUUGGCGUGUCAUCAGUGGUCGCGAUCAGCACCUACAUCAUCUACCAGGUGUACGGCACGUCCGAGAUACAGUCGUGGAAUUAUCCCGUCACCGAUCCGGAGGUAACGUCGUCCGACGAUUCAGCCGUUAUCGCCAACCAACCGAUGAUAAAGGUUGAACCUGGGCUCAAAUUCGACGACGAUGAGGAAGAUGAGGACGAGUGAACGAUGUAGACGCGCACGAAUGUUUAGGCUUUUCUGUUUCGUUUGCUAUUAGGUUUGCACACUUUGACCUCACUUAUGACAGCAGAUUACGUUUAGCAAAGCUACGAAGCUGCAUUACAUUACAAGAAUUCCACUUACGUCGUAAUAAACACCGCUAGAUAUAGACAUGCCGGCAAGGACGAUCGGUCGAUUAAUCGAAUAUUAAUCACAAUCUACUUGGCACAGUCCAUCGUCGUGACAGAGGGAGGACAUUCAACUGCAAACCAACGUUAUCGUAUAACCCGAAUGUCUGGUACAUGAUAUAAUUGAUGAGGAACAUCUUAGAAGAAAAGAGUCCUUCGCCUGAUUGGCAUUCCUUUUGGUCACUUGUACCAGUUUUGUUGUUGUAUAAACAAUCAACGAAACCUUUUUUUCCAAUCAUUAUCGGGGUUGAGCCGAGCAAUACAGAGCAAGAAAAAGCAGACGCAAAGAGUGUAACCUCAGGUGCAGGCUUUUAAGUGAUAGCUGGUUCAAAAGUUAAAGGAAAUCAACUUUUUCGCACGAGAGAAAAGAAGAGCGUGCCGGACGGAACCUAAGGACAUAGGUUCAUUA